CGGAUCGAGUGCCCCGCUUGUUCCGGAAGACGUGGCGGCUGCUGUGCAGCGGGCAGUGAAUGUUGUUAAUCUGCUGAAUUGUGUGUCUUUAUUGAUUUGGACUGUCGUGUCUGCGUGGCUUUCGAUCCAACAACUGCAAACAUGAUCUCCUUGUCGGAUUCACAGAAAAUUGGAAUGGGGUUAACAGGCUUUGGCGUGUUUUUCCUUUUCUUCGGAAUGAUCCUGUUCUUUGACAAGGCACUUCUAGCUAUUGGGAAUAUCCUGUUUGUGGCAGGCUUGUCCUUUGUUAUCGGUCUGGAGAGGACGUUCAAGUUCUUCUUCCAGAAGCACAAAGCGAAGGCCACCGGUUUCUUCCUGGGAGGCGUCUUUAUUGUCCUGAUUGGCUGGCCCAUGGUCGGAAUGGUUCUGGAGAUUUAUGGGUUUUUUCUUUUGUUCAGGGGGUUCUUUCCUGUGGCUGUUGGUUUCAUCAGAAGGGUGCCAGUACUCGGAUAUUUGAUGAAUUUACCUGGAAUUAGCUCGCCUACGUAAGGCUGAAACAGGAAUCCCCAGUAAUGUUUGUGGAUAAAGUCGGUGAAAGCAACAACAUGGUAUAACAGAGACUACAUGGGAACUUUUUGAAUUGCUUUAUUAUUACAUUUAUAACUGUGUCCCAAAGUAACUGUAUCCCAUCUACCAAAUCCGAUCCAUUAGUUUAUUACCAAAAACCUUGUUGUUGUUGUUUAAAAACAGCUAGUAGAGUUUAAUCUACUUUAUUGCUUAUUUUUGAUCUGGUGAAUCUACAAUCAGUCAAAUGCUGGGUGAGGUUGUACUGUACAGUGAGUGCUUUCACGCCAAUGAAAGGUGGAGAUAGCGUGAUUUUACCAGCAUUAUCAGACAAUAGGAGGGGGGACACAGUGACUUUGAAGAAACUUUUAGCACCGGGUUAGGCUUGUGUAUGAAAACCUUACAUGAGCCUUUUUGCUAUACAGAUCAUUUCUGUAUACUGUGGCUGACCAAAUGAAAUGUGUCAGGAUAAUUAUAAUUUAAAACAGGGAUUAUGACAGCUACUGUAGGCUAUGACCUUAUGUAAUUGUACUAAACUGUCUUUUGGGAUGGCGUUGGAAAUCUGUUACAGAGAUCGUCAGCUGCAAUAUAUUGUUGUGCCUGUACUUCACUUUCUUUUGAGGAAAGCUGAAGUACUGUGAAACAACUAGGUUUUUAUUCAUCAAGUGCCAGAAAUGGCAGCCUUUUUUCUGUUUAAUAAAAAAAAAAAUGUUAUAACCAGUAAUGUAUCUAUGAAAACGAUGCAUGAAGGUUAGACUGUGUUAUAUCAUUUUUUUAAAUACAAUUUGGGUCACUUUUAUCAGUGUACAGUAUUGAAAAAUAAAGAAGAAAAGGAUUUAAAACCUACCUUGUUUUGCUGUAUGGAACUUUUGUAAAUACACAUUUUAAAUAA